AUGCGAAGCUCAAGAAGCCUGUCAACAGAUUGUGACUGGAGCCUCGCCACGAUGUUGGGGUGGUUAAAUACGGAACCGUGGGUUCGGAGUUUGUGGCUGCAAUGGAGGACAGAGGACCAUUGCGAGACCGAGCUCGAACGUCGUCUCAGCAGCGAAAACGAUGACUGGCAAACUCUCAUGUGGUUUGAACGGGAGAUCCUUUCGCCACAGAGUUUAUCCUUCAAAAAUGCCGCGACGCGCGGAACGGUGCAGCAAUUCGAACAACUAAGUGACCCCUGUUUUUCAGCGGUUGCUGAAUGGCUUCUUCCUCGAUUCUGGUCCGACUUCAAAAAGUCGAAACAUGCGGACGCAGUGGUCGCUCGGUUAAGAGAAGCCUACAGCAAGAGUGCCUUGCCUUCCCUUUUGUUUGCCUGUCAGUCCCACAGCCCCUGGCCUUGCAGUCCCUGGCCUUGUAGUCCAGGGCCUUGUAAGUCAGGGCCUUGUAAGUCAGGGUCUUGUGGGUCAGGGCCUUGUAAGUCAGAGCCUUGUAGGUCAGGGCCUUGUAAGUCAGAGCCUUGUAGUUCAGGGCCUUGUAGGUCAGGGCCUUGUAGGUCAGCGCCUUGCAGUCCAGGGCCUUGCACUCCAGGGCCUUGUGCUCCCCGUAGCUUUAAUCCCGAGGGGUCAUGGUCAGUUCCGGGCGUGGCCCAUUUGGCUUACUACUUGGAACUGAGAGAUUCUAUGUCACCGCAGGAGAAACUGCGCUAUCUCUCAACGCUUGCCCGCUGGUAUCCCGCGCAGGCCUUCAUGCACGUGUUUACAGAUUUGAAAAAACAUUCGCCGCUGUUCACGCAGGAAGGCUAUGAUCCGAAAAUUGACGGAAAUGUGUGGCAAAAAGAGGACCUAAAUAAGUUCCAGCAAGCGAUAUGCCUUUGGCUUGGCUAUGAACGCAAGAAUGACAUAGAACCGAUGCGAGAUAGCAUCGUUGGUCCAAUGGUUGGAGAGUUGCUAUAUUUCUUAGACGUGAUAAUGGAUGAGGCCUCAAGCAAGCAUGGAGGGAAUCGCAAUGUGGCAGCUCGUACGGCGGCGCGAAAAUCCCGAAUGGGGCAGUGGAUAAAUUCUAUGGCAGUGGAUCGAGCUCGUGUCUUACGGAAGUGCUACAUUGCCCGUUAUAGCGACCGCCAAGAGAGCUUGAUAUCUGCUUAUCUCUCAGGCCUUCUGUCCUGGCAAGGUCCCUCGCCGGUGAUGCAUCCUCCUGUGGGACUAAACGAAUGCUGUGGGAUUAACCCCCUGAGAAGCUGCCAACCCUACCAGUUGCGCCAGCUGCUGUGGAUGGAAGAACAGCUCGUGUGUCGUUUGGUACACAUGCUCAUCGACCAGCAUGCCGCCGAGACCUGUCAACAGCGAGAGGACGUAAUCGACCGCUUUAUGCAUUCACCCUCCGCGCUCUGCGUCUCGGAAACCACGUACCGCCAGCUGUACAGCAAGGCUCUAAAGGAAACAGCCGUCCAAGUGGCCAUUGAACAAGGAUACGACUUCGCCUGGAGGGUGGCCUGCGCCGGAAUCACAAUAGUCUACGGCCUGUCUCCAGCGUCCGACUCUGUUCAAUCAGAUGCACCCUCCAACCCCUUUACUUCUUCACUCUAUGGUGAGCAGCCUUCGUCAAGCGCUUUUUUUUGA